AUGGCGUCGACCUUAGACGGAGGCAAGAACGACAGGCAUUGUUGCGUGCCGAACUGUAAUGGAAAUGGACGCCGCAACCCAGAGCUCUCUUUUCAUCAAAUCCCACAAAGAUUGGAGCUUCGCAAGGCUUGGAUACAUGCUAUUCGGAGGGAUCCUGGUCCAUUAUUCAGAAUCUGUGAUCAAACAGUUGUUUGCUCACGUCAUUUUAAGAGGGACGACUUCAAAUGGACCCCAGUAAGGAAGACACUCAAGAAAGAAAGUGUUCCUUCCAUAUUCAACUGGAAAUCUGACGAAAAAGCUGCGCGACGGGAAAUUUUUAAGCAUCCUGUUCCAGAGAAAAUGCCUAGAUUUGACACUGAUGAGAAUAACAACAACCCGGUCUCAAAUGAAAAUUUAAAUUUGAAUGUGGAGAGCAGUAUGUAUGAAGAAGUGCAGCCUGAGACAAAUAGGGUGAAUGAGUUAGAGGAUAUGCUGAAGAAGAAGGAAGGGGAAAUUCAAAAAUUACAGCAACGACAGGUAUUUCAGUUAACACGCCCCCAUUCCUCCAAAGUCAAGGUCAAUUUUCAAGGCAAGAAGUGGAGCAAACCCAGGUGA